AGCUAACUAUACACUCACUAGAAUUAAUAUCAUUCUUGCAGAGAUGAUAGGUUGGGGAGAUGUUUACAAGGUGGUGGUGGCCAUGGUGCCACUCUACUUUGCCCUAAUUCUAGGGUUUGGCUCUGUGAGGUGGUGGCGCAUCUUCACACCCGAGCAGUGUGGUGCAAUCAACCGCUUUGUUUGCUUCUUCACUCUCCCACUCUUCACAUUUGAAUUCACAGCUCAUGUUGAUCCUUACAAAUGGAACUACCGCUUCAUCGGUGCGGACGCCAUCUCAAAGCUCAUAAUCGUGGCGGUGCUUGCGUUAUGGGCCAAGUGUAGUAGCAAGGGAAGCUAUAGUUGGUCCAUCACAAGCUUCUCCUUGUGCACUUUGACAAAUUCGCUUGUGGUAGGGGUACCCUUGAUGAGAGCCAUGUAUGGUCAGGUAGCCGUUGAUCUUGUUGUUCAAUCAUCGGUGGUGCAGGCUAUCGUGUGGCUGACAAUUCUUCUGUUCGUCUUAGAAUUUCGACGAACGGGGUCGUUAGAUGUGCAUAUGAUUUCGGGGACUAACACAAGUCAAUCGGUGGAGCAAGGUGAAGGAGGGAAAGAUGUAGAAGGGUUGUCGGCAAUGAGCACGACGAGCAGCAGUAGGCCUUCUUUCUGGUACUUGAUGAAGGCUGUGUGGCUGAAACUUGGGAUGAAUCCCAACUCGUAUGCGGUUUUCAUUGGGAUUGGAUGGGCUUUUAUAUCAAGCAGGUGGCAUAUUGAGUUGCCAAGCAUUAUGGAAGGAUCUGUUUUAAUCAUGUCAAAAGCUGGUACAGGCACUGCCAUGUUUAGCAUGGGUAUCUUCAUGGCACUGCAGGAAAAAUUCGUGGCGUGCGGGACGAGCCUGACUAUAAUAGGGAUGGUUUUGAGGUUUAUUGCUGGACCAGCAGCCAUGGCUAUUGGCUCCAUCGCUGUGGGCUUGCAUGGUGACGUUUUACGUGUUGCCAUCAUUCAGGCAGCAUUGCCGCAGUCCAUUACCUCCUUCAUAUUUGCCAAAGAAUACGGACUCCAUGCGGAGGUGCUCAGUACAGCGGUGAUAUUUGGCAUGAUAGUGUCCCUUCCAGUGUUGAUCGCUUACUAUGCAGUUCUAGAAUUUGUGCAUUGACGACUACACGCGCGUUUCAACCAAUCCAGGGGAAAGAAAUAUGAUCGCUGCCUCUUGCUCUUGGUCCUCAUUUGUUUUCUAUCUGUUUGAAAUUUUGUUGUUUCUGUAUGAUCAUGGUUUAAAGCUAUAGAGGCUAAUUAAAUUAGUCUUGUAGUUGCCAAAACUUGUAAUCUAAUUCACAUUAUUAUCCUAAUCUCAACUCAAGAGCCUUUAAUCAGGCUUCAACCCAGAAAUGAGUCUUGCCUUCCUCAAGAGGCUCAUUCAAAAUGAAAACCCAAAUGACAGGCCCAUAGUGUUUUUCUGCUUUGGGCUUUGGAAAGCCACGUUCAAUGAGA